AUGCCUUCAGAUAUUAAAGUGGUUUCCACCCUUCGGAGAUUAAAAAUUAAAUCUGAUCACAGCGCGGAUCUCGUCACAAGCAGCUUGGAAGAGACGCUCCAGAGAGCCAGCCAGUUCACAGAAUUGUUUGUUGGACAAAAGUUGCAUUACUUAAAAUCUAAUACUUCCCCGGUCCCUCAGGGAAACCUUCUGGAUGAAGCCAAGAAUCUGGUGGAAAGUCUCAAGCAAAGUGCAACAGUGUCUUUCGACAAUGACUGGAAGAUGGUCUUGUUGUUUGUGUCCGCUGAAGAUCCAUGUGGCUUCUGUGAGCAGGACGACCACACAGAAAAUACCAUAAGGGAACUGACGGCGGCUCUAGACUAUUUACAUCAACAGCUUCCAAAGACCUUUAUUAGUUUGGUGGAUUUAACGCUGCUGAGCGGCCUCUACCUCUCCUAUCCGCAGAAUGCAGAGAUCAGGAAGUCCUGUGAGUGUUUCCGGAAACCUUCAGACUACAGUAAAGCCAUGUUCCGCUUCUCUUUUCAGUCGGCCCUGGAGAGACUAAUCAGCUCGGAGAGAUACGACACCAGGGGCGACUUCACUGUCACCUUACACCCUGUGCUCCAUAUGAAGAACAUUAAUAACUACGGGGAUGUUUAUGAAGUGCAGUGCUCACAGCAGGACUCCGUCUUCUUGAACACACAUUUGAACAGUCCAUACCUGUGGCUGAAGGACAUGAUGCAGGUGAAAGAGAGCCGAGCACAGCCUCGGGUAUACGGGUCCAAUUUCUCCUGCAUUAACCACCUGUCCCCUUCAGAUACAGUCCCAACAUCAGUUCACAGUCUGAAGCCUGCAGAUUUUAAAGUAAUUGCUGCAUUGGGAGACUCAAUUACUGCAGGUAACGGCGCCGGUGCAUUUGUUAUGGAUGUGCUAGAUGUGGUGACCGAGUAUCGUGGAUUAUCCUGGAGCAUCGGUGGGGACGAGGACCUCAGUAAUGUAACCACUUUGGCAAACAUCCUCCGGAUGUACAACCCAGAUAUACAAGGUUACUCGAUAAGGAGGGGAUCCCAUCAUUUACCAAAUUCAAAACUCAACCGCGCCGUUCCUGGAGCAAAAGCAGAUGAUAUGCUGGACCAGGCCAAGUUACUGGUGACAAAGAUGAAACAAAUGGAAACUACAAAGGUGAGCACAAGUGAAGACUGGAAACUCUUGACUAUAUUCAUAGGAGGAAAUGACUUAUGUGGCAUCUGCAAAGAUCCGGUUUAUCAUUCUCCAGAACAGUUUGUCUACCGCAUUAAGCAGGCUCUGGACUAUUUGCACCAAGAGGUCCCAAGGAUGUUCGUUAAUUUGGUGACAAUUUUGGACAUUUUGCCUCUGAAAGAACUUUAUGAUAAUAAGGACACUCACUGCCCAGAGAUACUCAUGAGUGCGCUUUGUGGAUGUGUGGUCGAAAACCCAGAAGGCUCCAAUGAAAUUUCAACUCUUAGAUUAUUCAACAAGCAAUACCAAGAAAAAACUCGCCAGUUGGUGGAAACCGGGAUGUAUGACACCAAAGAAGAUUUCACGGUGGUCAUUCAGCCAUUUUUGGAGCGCCUUGUAAUACCAAGAAAUGAGAAUGGAGUUCCUGACAGAUCCUUCAUGGCUCCAGAUUGUUUCCAUUUUGGAGAAAAAGCUCACGCCCAGGGUGCUCGUGGUUUAUGGAAAAACAUGUUUGAACCUGUUGGACAGAAGACAGAUAACCAGGGGCUUGAUGAGAACAUCGGUAUUUUCUGCCCUGAGAAUGAUACUUUCGUGAAAACUGCAAAGAACAGCAACCAUACUUAUCCCACCGUUACUCCAGACCCAGUGUACGGCAGCAAACUGGAAUGUGCCGACCGCACUCCAGCUCCUUCCAAACCCACUUCUGUUCACCAUCUUCGGCCAGCAGACAUUACGGUUGUUGCAGCCCUUGGUGACUCUCUGACUGCUGGAAAUGGAAUUGGCUCCAAACCCAACGAUGUCUUGGAUGUAAUCAAACAAUAUCGUGGAUUGUCAUGGAGUAUUGGAGGGGAUUCUAUCCUAGACAACGUCACCACCUUGCCGAAUAUCCUACGAGAGUUCAAUCCGUUUCUUACGGGAUUCUCCAUAGAGACGGGGAACAGCAGCUUGCACAGCUCCUUUCUUAAUAAGGCCGUCCCCGGGGCUAAAGCUAUUAAUAUGCCCACCCAGGCAAGAGAUCUGGUUGACAAGAUGAAAGAAGACAAGAGAAUUAAUUUCAACAAUGACUGGAAAGUGAUCACAGUUUUUGUUGGCGCCAAUGACCUGUGUGCCUCCUGUACAGACAGCAAUGUGUUCUCACCAACAACUUAUACCACCAACAUCCGGAGGGCUCUGGAUAUACUGCAUAAAGAGGUUCCCAGGGCCUAUGUCAACCUGGUGGAGGUGAUGGACAUUAUGCCGCUAAGAGAAGCGGUUCUGGACGACCGUGUGAACUGCCCGAGUCUGAUCACAAGUAUGCUGUGUCCGUGUCUACUGAGUGUCCAGUCGAAUGCUCAAGAGCUCGAAGAUCUUAGGAACGUCAACUAUGCCUAUCAGCACAGUCUCCAACAUUUCAUCAAUUCCGGAAGAUACGACACCAGAGAGGACUUCACCGUCGUUCUCCAGCCAUUUUUCCGGCAUCCGAAAAUUCCACAUCUCGCGACCGGAGAGCCUGAUGUCUCCUACCUCGCUCCUGACUGUUUCCACCUCAGCCAGAAGGCUCAUUCUCAGCUAGCGAGGCAGCUCUGGAACAAUAUGCUGGAGCCUCUUGGCCAAAAGACGGACACUAUGAAUUUUACUGAGAGCAUCCAGCUCAGAUGUCCUACGCAGGCUGAGCCGUACCUGAGGACCUACCAGAACAGCAACUACAACUAUCCCAUCCCACCGCCCACGCCCACGCCUGUCAAUAACUGGGGCAGUGAUAUUGAGUGUCGCGGUUACACAUCCGUGUCUAAUAGUAUUCCCAAGUCAGUCCAUGAACUUCGUCCAGGAGAUAUCAAGGUGGUGGCAGCUCUGGGUGACUCGCUGACCGCUGCUUUUGGGGCCAAAUCAACAUCCCUGGUAACCCUUACUACAGAGUGGAGAGGCGUUGCAUGGAGUAUCGGAGGAGACGGGACUCUGGAAACCUACACGACAUUACCAAACAUUUUUAAGAAAUUCAAUCCAAACGUAAAGGGAUAUUCCACUGGUACUGGCACAGCUAACCAAAUGUUCAAUGUAGCUGUUGGCGGAGCCAAAGCUGAAAACAUCCCUGCCCAAGCUGAGAAUCUGGUAAAGAAGAUGAAGGAGAGCACAGAAAUUAACUUUGCAGAAGACUGGAAGCUGAUCACAGUUUUUAUUGGUGGUAAUGACCUCUGCCAGUACUGCCGGAACCGGGAGCGCUAUUCUCUGAGCAAUCACGUGAAGCAUAUCGAGAGAGCCCUGGACACGUUCUAUAAAGAGAUUCCUCGCGUUUUCAUCAACCUGGUGCAAAUCAUGGAGAUCGAGGGACUGCGCAGAGUCAAUGCCGAGACCUUUGGCUGCAGCAUCUUAAAGCCAAACGCUUGCCCCUGCUUCAUUAACCCACCAGAGGGAUCACCAGAACUGAGCGAAAUAAAGACAUUCAACAGAAAUUUGCAGGUGCAUGUAGCUGCGCUGACCGAGAAGUACAAAGGCCGAGAAGAUUUUGCUGCAGUGGCUCAACCAUUCUUCACAAACACUGUGGUACCUGUGGACGGUGAUGGGAUGCCCGACCUGAGCUUCUUCUCUGUAGACUGCUUCCAUUUCUCUGAGAGAGGACACGCUGAGAUGGCCAUCGCCCUGUGGAACAACAUGAUUGAACCAGUUGGCGAAAAGUUGAGCUACAACAACUUCACCCACAGCCGCUCCAAACUGAAAUGUCCGACCAACGAGCAUCCAUUCCUCUUCACCCUGAAGAACAGCAGGCUGCCAGAAGAAGAGAUCCCCUCUGAAGACAAUGACAAUGACAGCGACAGCGACCAGGUUCCAAUGUGGUCGGUGAUUGUGGCCUCCAUCGGGGGUGUUGCUCUGGGCUGCGCAAUUGUCGGGAUUGCAAUGUCAAUGACAAAACGGAAGAGAUCUAAUAAGAAAAAACGGAUGAGCGAAAGUGGCUCCUCGUUCUGAGUGGCGAGGUUCAAGUAAUGUCUGUAGGAGAGGGAUACAACACAGGGUAUUCCCGAAACAUCGUCUAUAAUAUUCAACCAUAAAAAUGACAAAUCUCAUGAUAAGAAGCUCAACCAACGUCUCCCACCUAAUUCCAUUAAUUAAGAUACGUUAUAACAGAAGUAAAGCAGUAAAGCAGUUAUCAGAAAAUCUACAAUGUACUUGCCCUCAUCACACCCCAUUGUAGUAUAUGAAGGCGUCUCCUAUAUGGAGCAGCACAAGGCUGAUCAUGAGAUAAUUUAGUAAAUUUUACAUAAACUCUGACAUGGCCUAAUAGUGGUUCUGCACUGACAAGACAACCCCCGAGGAGCUCAGGGGACGGUCUAUAUGCAGACGAGGUUCACCAAUCUGUAUCCUCAAGGCACAUCACCUGACCAACCCGUCCAAUGGCAGAGCUGAUCUUUUUCGAUACUGCAGAGUAGUCGGGAGAGGUCAGAGACUCCCAUCCUCGUAUAGCCAGAACUAUGGACACCAUAGCCAACCCCCGGGGAUCCAAUUGGGGGGCGCACAGCACCAUUAGGUCCCCUGUUUUGCAUAAAUGAUCACGCCCGCAGUGUGUAAAUAGGCAAUAGGUGACAUGAUUACAGCUGAGUUCACAGAAUGGCAGGAAAUGUGUCUAUGAAUGGAUCCUGUAUUAUAUUGUGAUGUUCUGCGUGCAGCGAAAUAAUAAAGAAC